AUGAAGGCUUGGACGUCAACAUCGCUCCGCUUGAGACCUUCUCUCGCGUUGAGAAACCAGCUGUGCAUGCGAGGAGCCGUCAGAUCAAUGUCCGCGAUGCAGGCUUCCAACCGGUUGAGAACGGCGCUGAACCGGGGCCGGACCUCGUUCGGGGCGUGGCAGAUGAUUCCUGGAGCGAAUGUGUCACGACUGCUGGCGAGGUCUGGAGUCGAUUGGGUGUUGGUGGACUGCGAACACGGCAAUUUGGACGAUGGCGCGAUGCAUGAUGCUGUUCCGGCGAUUGCAGCCCUGGGAGUGUCUCCAAUUGUGAGACUUCCCGACAUGCAAGGGUGGAUGGUAAAGCGUGCUCUUGACAGCGGAGCUCACGGAAUUGUUGUGCCUCUACUUCGUACAGUUGAAGAAGCCAGGCAGCUUGUCCAGUCUGCCAAAUUCCCGCCCUUGGGCCGACGCGGCUUCGGUUCUCCCAUUGCUCCCGAGCGCUUCAACCCCGUCCCCAGUUUCACCGAGUAUCUCCAGCAGGCAAACGAUGCUCUCUUGACCAUUGUUCAGAUCGAGACCAAGGAGGCGCUCGAAUGCGUGGAUGAGAUCGCGGCGGUGGAGGGCAUUGAUGUCCUGUUCAUUGGGCCGUUUGACCUAGGAAACAACAUUGGGCAUCCCAUCAUCAACGGGGUCAUUGCACCAGAGCUGAAAGAUGCUCUAGCCAAGGUCUUAUCUGCUGGCAAGAACGCCGGCAAGAAGUGCGGUGUUUACUGUACCAGUGGGGACCAGGCGAAGAUGCCGCAGGUUUCGCGAGUGAACAAGGUGAUUCUGCAAGAUUGCAGCAGGCGACGGGUUGCAAACAUGGUGAAAACCAAUUUCCUGGAACCAGAGCCUGCCGAGCAAGUCUCGCAGAAGUCUUUCAUCAUGGCUCAAAAGUGCGUGCAUCAGGGCUGCGGCAAGGAGUACACGGACGCUGCUGAGAAGUGCGAGUACCACCCCGGUCCGCCCGUCUUCCAUGAGGGGCAGAAAGGAUGGAAAUGCUGCAAGCCGCGGGUCCUGACUUUUGACGAGUUCAUGGACAUUCCGCCCUGCACCACCGGCGUCCACUCGACCACCGACAAGCCUCCAGGCGUUGAAGAGAAGCCCCAGCAAGACGAUGCCUCCUUGGCCAAGAAGAUUGAUGACCUCAAUGCCGCUACGCCGCCGUCCCGCGGACCGAUUCAACCCGCCCAACAUGCCCCGACGCCGCCUCCUCCUGCUCUAGAGUCCGAGGACGACGAGCCGGGUAUCGAGAUCCCGGACGGAGCUGGUUGUAAGCGGAGGACCUGUGGUGCGACUUACAAGAAAGGUACCUCGAGGGAUGCAGAGGAGUGUGUGCACCACCCUGGAGUGCCAAUCUUCCACGAGGGAAGCAAGGGUUACUCUUGCUGCAAGAGGAGAGUGCUGGAGUUUGACCAGUUCAUGAACAUCGCCGGGUGCAAGACCAAGAAGCAACACUUGUUCGUUGGCAGUAGCAAGAAGAACAAGACUGAUGCGGGCAGCGAGGAUGUUUUGACCACGGUCAGACACGACUUCUACCAGACCCCGGCGAACGUCAUCGCUUCAUUCUUCCUCAAGAAGAUCAACAAGGAGACGGCCAAGGUGGAAUUCCAGGAGAAGCAAUUGGUGCUGGAUCUUACGACGACAGAUUCCCCCCCCAAGCGAUACAAGGCAGACGUGCCACUUUUUGCAACCAUUGAUGCGGAAAAGUCGUCUUUCAAAAUCUUGGGAACGAAGCUGGAGCUGUCGCUUGUCAAAUCAGACGGAAGCUCGUGGCCAGUCUUGCGGAGUGACGACGCCUUGACGGGAGAAAUUUUGCAGGUUGGCCGGGCGGGGAGAGCUUGA